CUAUAUAUAUAUAUAUAAAGGUGGGUAAGCUUUGGGGGGGUGCAUAAUUCCAUUGUGAGUUGGUAGGAUAUAAUAAUAUUGAUUGUAUUCUUGGAGAGAAAGUGGUGGGAGGACACUGUGAUGGGUCGACAGCCUUGCUGCGACAAGCUUGGGGUGAAGAAGGGGCCCUGGACCGCAGAGGAGGACCGGAAGUUGGUCAACUUCAUCCUAACUCACGGCCAAUGUUGCUGGAGGGCAGUCCCCAAGCUGGCUGGUCUCCGGCGAUGUGGGAAGAGCUGCCGCCUUCGCUGGACAAACUAUCUCCGUCCUGACCUCAAGAGAGGACUCCUUAGCGAGGCCGAAGAAAAACUGGUCAUUGAUCUUCAUGCUGCUCUUGGCAAUAGGUGGUCGAAAAUUGCGGCAAGAUUGCCCGGGAGAACCGAUAAUGAGAUAAAAAAUCAUUGGAAUACCCAUAUAAAAAAGAAGCUUAUAAGGAUGGGAAUCGACCCAGUAACACAUGAACCGUUGUAUAAAGAUGAUCAAGUCAGCCCGCAAGAUCAGACGGUGUGCCGACCUGAUGCUGAACAAGUUAAGCUCGAUGUCGGUACUAAUGGAGACUUCUUGUUGCCUGCGCUUUCAUGUGAGAACUCUAGUAACUGCUCUCCAACAGAAAACUCCUCGAACGAUGGGUGCCAGUCCCUAGACCAGAGCAAUGACCCUGACGAUCCCUUGAUGAGGUACAUCUGGUCGGAGGCAUUCCUAGACGAUUCAGCUUGGAAUUUUAUGCAGGGUACAAGCAGCACAGAUGAGUUCAGCAUAUGCGGGUUAUCUUCAUCAGAGGAUAACGCUUCGUGGCUUUUGAGUUGCAAGAGCUUCGAGGAGGAGAGAUUCCUGGUAGAUUGCUUCGUGGGUGACAUGGACAUGAACAUGUUAGAAACGGGAGGCAAAUAAAGGGCAAGCAAGACUAUGCAUGCAUUGAUGAUUAAGGCUUCCCAGCGAAAGCGGAUUACAAGGCGUACUUAAGGGUGUCUAAUCGAUCGACCAUUGUAUGUGAAUUCCUACGAAUGCAUAUGACAGACUUCAGUUUCUAUUUUCCUGACCUUUGUACACACUUGUCUCCCAUUUAAAGUAUUACUCACUGAUUGAUGUAGAAUCCUACCAAGGAAAGUGCAAUUAUAGCUGAUCAAUAAACUUAAGGUUAUUUUUCAGA